AUCAAAUUAUAAUCAACUAAACUCAUUAAUUAAUUAAUUUAUACUUCGUAUUAUCAACCUUUUCUAUCGACUUUAUUCAUAGUAUCCAACCCACGAAAUUUCAGAAUCAGCUGAGUAUGGCUUCGGAAAAAGCACAUAAUUGCCUAGGAUGGGCAGCUAGAGAUCCAUCAGGAGUUCUAUCGCCUUAUGAAUUUAAUCGCAGGGCCGUUGCAGCUGAUGAUGUAUCAGUUAAGAUUACACAUUGUGGAGUGUGUUAUGCGGAUGUGUCUUGGGCAAAGAACGUUGCUGGUGACACCAAGUAUCCUGUGGUGCCCGGGCAUGAGAUCGUUGGUGUAGUGAAAGAGGUUGGGCCAAAUGUUGAUCGUUUCAAAGUUGGGGAUCAUGUUGGAGUGGGAACUUAUGUCAACUCAUGUCGAGAUUGUGAGUAUUGUAAUGAUGGGAUGGAGGUAUAUUGUGUGAAAGGAGCAGUUUAUACGUUUAAUGGAGUGGAUGCAGAUGGUACAGUCACAAAAGGAGGUUACUCGAGCUAUGUUGUCGUUCAUGAAAGGUACUGCUAUCGUAUACCUGAAAAUUACCCCUCACAUUUAGCAGCACCGCUAUUAUGUGCUGGAAUAACCGUCUAUUCUCCUAUGAUACACCAUAAUAUGAACCAACCUGGUAAAAGUCUUGGGGUGAUUGGGCUAGGUGGUCUUGGACAUAUGGCUGUAUUGUUUGGGAAGGCUUUUGGUCUGAAAGUCACAGUUUUUAGCACCAGCGUAUCAAAGAAAGAGGAGGCCUUAAAUGUACUCGGUGCAGACAACUUUGUAAUUUCUUCUGAUGAACAUCAAAUGAAGGCCCUUGCUGGAUCAUUGGACUUCAUAAUUGAUUCUGCAUCCGGAGAGCACCAGUUUGAUCCAUAUUUGUGGCUGUUAAAGACAUUUGGUGUUUAUGUUCUGAUGGGAUUUCCGAAAGAAGUAAAAUUUAGUCCUGCAAGUCUUUCACUAGGUAUGAAGACUUUUUCUGGUAGCAUAACUGGUGGUACUAAAGUUGCUCAACAAAUGUUGGAGUUCUGUGCUGCAAAGAAAAUAUACCCAAAGGUAGAAGUUGUUCCGAUUGAAUAUGCAAAUGAAGCCCUUGAGAGGCUUGUUCAGAGGGACGUGAAAUAUCGUUUUGUGAUCGACAUUGAGAAUUCCCUCAAGUGAUAUCUUUUGGAGAAGAUAGAGGUCUAGGCCAAACAUUGAAACUAAGCUGAGUAGGCUUUACAGCUUAUACACCAUAGAGAACCUUUCCCGUUUUAUGCUUGUGUUUGGUCGAGGUAUUUAAUGAAGCUGGCUUUCGGCGGGGUGGUGUGUAAAAUAUAUAUGUAUACUAUUUUUAUUUCUUGACCAUUUAUAUACAUAUAAGCUUCUUAUAAAAGGUUUUAUACUUCUCGUCAAAAAAAGAAAAAAAAAGAGGUUUUAUACUUAGUUAUUUGCUGCCUUAUUUGUACUGUGCAGAAUGCAUUAUGCAAUAAGUUCAUUUACUCUUCAGUCUUCACCCUUGGAAGUUGGAAUUUGAUCCUUUUGUA